UGAAAGAAUCAGAAAUGGAGAGUGGUCUGAUAUCAGUGGAUCGAUGGAGAAAUGGGAGUCAAGCCUACUUCUUGACUCAUAUGCACUCCGAUCACACGCGUGGCCUCUCCGGCGACUGGUCACAGGCUCCUCUCUACUGUUCCCGCACCACCGCCUCUCUCUUUCCCUCCCGAUUCCCAGGAUUCGACCUCUCAUUGCUUCGCGUCGUCCCUCUCUCUUCCUGGACAUCUCUCUCCCUUCGCUCUCCUUCCUCCGGCUCCACCGUCCGUCUCCAUUUCAUGGCCAUCGACGCUCACCACUGUCCUGGUUCCGUGAUGUUCUUGUUCCGUGGAGAUUUUGGAUGUUUUCUUUACACUGGAGACUUUCGUUGGGAUGCUGAUGCUGCAGAUGACGCUAGAAAUACUCUUGUUGAUGCUAUUAAUGAAUCUCCAGUUGAUAUUCUCUACUUGGAUAACACUUACUGCAACCCAAUUUACAGCUUCCCUUCUCGUCAAGUCGCAGCGAAUCUGGUUGCUGAUAUAAUCGCAUCUCAUCCUUCACAUGAUAUCAUCAUAGCAGUUGAUUCUUUGGGGAAAGAAGACUUGCUUGUUCAUGUUUCUCGUAUUCUCAAUAUCAAGGUUUCUUAUUGAAAUCAUCUGCCUUUCUUUUAUCCUUCCUGUAAAUGACUAAAAUGGAUUAGUCAUUCAAGUUUAAAGAGAAACAAGAAGAGAGCACGCAUACAAGUAAAGUGCGCAAAAAUUGUUGAGGUUGAUUAGCUCUACUUGGCUCUGGGAUGUGGCGGCUUCUUUUUUCCUAAAGCUUACAAUGGUGACUAUGUGAAUGGUCUAAUACACAAUCCUUUUCAAUGGGAGGAGUAAGUAAACUUUAAUAAAAUAUAAGAACUAGUUAGUUGAAUAUAAAAUCUCUAUCUUUGAAAAGGUAAGCACUUGUUGUAUAUGUUUAGUUUGACAAAAUCCUGUUUUUUUUAUUCGAAAACAUUUGGUCAAUGUUUUUCUAUCUUUUGUUUGUUAUCCAAAUGAUUACUCAAACCAGUUUUUUAUUGCAAUAUUUGCAUAUCAUUAAAUGAUGCAAUGAGAUGAGUGAUUAAGGGAAGGAAGUAAAAUUGUGAAGAUGGUUGUGGAGUCGUCGUCAUAUCCGAUCAUACCUGGCUUGACAGACGAUGCAGCUGAGCUCUGUCUCUCGAAAAUCCCCCGGUCUAGCUUUCAGAUCACUUCUCAGGUGUGCCGGAGAUGGAAGUCAUUCCUCAGGAGCAAGCAUUUUGCAGCCUUCCGAAAGUUGACCAGAACUGUGGAGGAGUUCCUUUGUGUUCUCAUGGAAAGCGAAUGUGGAAGAGACGUGUACUGGGAAGUUUUUGACGCCUCUGGGAACAAGUUAGGCCAGAUCCCUCCUGUUCCUGGUCCCUUGAAGCGCGGUUUCGGCGUUGCGGUGCUUGAUGGCGGGAAGAUUGUGUUCAUCGGAGGAUACACGGAGGUUGACGGCUCUGGGAUCAAUAGCACCACAGUCUCUGCCUCUGCUGAUGUUUACGAGUUUGAUCCUGCUACUAACAGCUGGAAGAAACUAGCGGACAUGAACAUACCACGUUACAACUUUGCAUUUGCUGAAGUGAAUGGCCUUUUGUAUGUCAUUCGAGGCUAUUCAACAGAUACUUAUAGCCUUUCCAACGCGGAAGUGUACAACCCAGAAACUAACCAAUGGAGUCUUAUGGAUUGUCCAAACCGCCCGGUCUGGCGUGGCUUUGCAUUCUCCUUCUGUUCCAAACUCUACGCUGUAGGCAAUGGAUCGAGGUUCAUCGACAUAUAUGACCCCAAAACGCAGACAUGGGAAAAGUUAAACUCGGAGCAAUCAGUGUCGGUCUAUUCCUACACUGUUGUAAGGAACAAAGUGUAUUACAUGGACAGGAACAUGCCUGGAUGUCUGGGAGUAUUUGAUCCAGAGGAGAAUUCGUGGAGUUCGGUGUUUGUGCCUCGGAGAGAGGGUGGUUUCUGGGUGAGACUAGGAGUAUGGAACGAUAAGGUUCUGCUGUUUUCAAGGGUCUGUGGACAUGAGAUCUUAAUGUAUGACCUUGAUACAGAAAAAGGGUCCAAGUGGAGAGUGUGUGAUCAGAUUAAACCAUCUGCUUCUCAGUUGACCAGCGUUCUCAUCCACUUCUGAUCCCCUCUCUUUUUAACAUCAUUCUUCUGGACGUUUUGGAGGUGUGAGUUUGUGUGUUAUGCCAAAAUGUCCCCAAUUCAUCAACUUUGUGAAUGAUUCCUGUAUUUGCUGUGUAUUUGCUAAUCUUGUGUAAAUAACUAAAUAUGAUUAAUGAAAAGCAUCAAAAACCAAAUUUUUAUGUACA